UUUUCUCCUCUCCUUUUUUGCCUUUUUCUUCCUCUCCAUCUCUUCUUCCCCUCUCAACAAUCCCACUAAUUCUCCCUCCUCCUCCUCCUCCCUCUACCUCUUGCUCUCAUGGAGCACCGGAGGCCGUCGACCGAGCCCUCAAGGAAGAGCACGAAGGAGAAGACGAGGAAGGACACGGCGGUCGCCACGGGCAACGACGAGGACGAGGAGGAGCAGGAGGAAGCCGCGGCGGAGGCGGACAAGAAGCGAAGGCCGCCCUCCUCCUCCUCAGCUGCUCGCAGAGGAGUGAGCGGCGGCGGCGGAGGAGGAGCGCCGCAACCCUGCUGUCAGGCCGAGAAUUGCACCGCUGACCUCACCGAGGCGAAGCGCUACCACCGCCGGCACAAGGUCUGCGAGGCCCACUCCAAGGCCGCCGUCGUCAUGGUCGCCGGCCUCCGCCAGAGGUUCUGCCAGCAAUGCAGCAGGUUCCACGAGCUAGCCGAGUUCGACGACUCCAAGCGGAGCUGCCGCCGCCGCCUGGCCGGCCACAACGAGCGGCGCCGGAAGAGCUCCUCCGACGCGCAGGCCGGCGAAGGCUCGAACCGGUGCAGGCAGGCAGAUCAAGACGGGAGGAUGCAGAUAAGCCUCCCCGGGAAGCCCACGUACAAGCACUUCCAGAUCAGAUGAGAUGGUUGCCAUCCCCAUCGAAACAUGCUCUCUCUCUUCUGUCACGCCAUGCCUUUCUUCCUUCCUUCCUUCCGCACCGAGUAAUGUCAAACUUUCUCUACCAUGUAUUAUGUCAAAGACGUGUAUUCAAGCCGUGCGUUGUUAGUGUUAUGGUUUGAGGGGUAAAUGUAAAUGCAGAUUGCCACAUAUGGCUGCUUCGAUACUCUUUUUCUUAGCACUUUGUUCUUGGAGCUCUGUGAAGGGUAUUUUAUUAUUACUGCUUAUUUGUACUGCGA